GAAAAUGUCCAAAGCAACUAACAGUACCCAGUUCCGUACGGUUGACGUAGACGCGUACGAUGAGGAUAACUACGAGGACGAUACCCGCGAAAAUAUCUCCGGGUCUCAAGAGGUGACAGAGAGGGCAGCAGAAGUUAAGAAGUUGCUGAAUCUGACUAAAAACAAGGAUGCACUGAAACUAGCUCUACAAAACCCCCCUAUUGGCCACCAGGACCCCUCUGUAAAGGAGCAAAACUACGAGACAGUACUGUCAGUACUAAAAGCGUUCCGUACCCCGGAAAUAGAUGCAGCAGUAGGGGAGCUGUCUGAUGCUGAUGUGGAUGUGUUGAUGAAGUACCUGUACAAAGGGUUCUCUAAUAGUCCUGAUAAAGCUGCUGCCCUCCUACUCUGGCAUGAGAAGGCAGUAAAGAAAGGAGGUGUAGGCUGUGUUAUCCGUGUUAUGGUGGACCGCAAGGGAAUAUAAAUCACUUCCAACAGAAGUAAAAUACGCAACACACAGUGGACCACUGUUGCAACAAUUCGUUAAUAAACUCUUUCUACGAUACUUUAUUUUGAAUUACAGCUGUUCAGUGUUUUUAUAUGCAAUUCAAUAGUUUUUUUUGUAUAUUCAUUGGAAAAUACGCUUCGAGGGUCUUACAGCGCUAAUUUGAUGCCACUUUUUAGUGUGCUGACAUUUAAUCUUAUGUUGUAUUAUAUCCAAAUCACAUGCAUUCAAAGAUUGGCUCCAUAUGUAGAUAUUGAACAUGACAAUUUAUCGUAAUUAGCAUUUCCUAUCUUCACUUUCUCUUGCGUUUCGUUCGAUAAGGUUGCAAUUUGGACGAGUUAUAUUAUUAUUAGUCGCCAUUUGAUCAAAAGUGUUGCUUAUUUCGUGUUAUGUUAGGCUUUUAAUCUUUUUUGUUAUAUUUUGAUAAGUUAGAUCGUAAUGAUCUCACGUGAAAUAGCGAUAAAUUCCCCUUCGCAUUCUUUGUCGUAACUACCUGUUAUUUGUGGUAAAAUAUCGGGAUUAUUAUCAUGACAAAAUUCUAUCAAUUCUUGAAAUGAUGUACUGUGAUUUUGUGAAUUAAGAAUAUUAAUUGUUUUGACAGAAUAUUGGAUGUUUUCUUGAUCCCGUUCCACAUGUAAAAUUCGAAAUAAA